AUGGUCGUGUUGCACCACCUCAUUCUGCUCUUCGUCGUUUCCAUUAACAAUGUCCACGGCAUCCUACCACCUUCUGGCUACGACGACGACACUUCGCCACUGCCUCUCCGCCUGGACGACCUGGAACGGGACCACCUGCAGCAGUUGGACCUCAACCGGCCGCCCCUCCUGCCCAAUCGCUACGAAUGGCAGCCGAAUGUGGCCGCCAGUCUGCCGCCCAGCUACAUUCAGGAGGCCGCCCAACGCGAGCGGGAUCUCGAGCGGAGUCGGCGAUUGGAGGAGCUGCGUCAGCUGCAGCACCAGCACCAGCAGCUGAGUUCGGGUUACGCCUUUCCCUCCCACCUGCCAGGUGUGCUCUACGUUGGCCCCACGGCUGCCACGCCCACUCCCACGCCCUCGCCAGCGACGACAACGGUGGCCUCCUCAGCUAAUCGAUUCGCCAAACCCAUAGUUCCCUACGACUUGGAUCUGGAGCUGCGCGGCCUUCCGUAUGUGACCAGCAAUGCCCUGCCCCUCCCAGUGCCACGCCCCCUUCCGCCGCCCCAUGCCCGGCCGCCGUUCAUCUACGGCUUUACCGCCCAGGGUGGCCGGGCCAUCGGCCAGCCCCUGUUGGUUCAGCAGUCCAAGCAGUUCGCCUACGCUCCCGCUCAGCCGCCCCAGCGCCACUACGCGAAUGGGCCGCGGGUUCCGCUGCCGUAUCCGCCCAGCUUUGUGAGCUUCACCACUCGACGACCGGGCGGGCCGGAGAGGAUCAGGCCAUUCCGGCCAUCGCAGCCGGAUCCCACGCCCGAUUUGUUCGCUGGACGCUCCUCGAAAUCACUGCUCGACUCGUACAUUCCCAGCUGGGAGGUACUGCGCCUGAUCAGGCAGCACCAGCCACAGCCACAGUCACAGCCCCAGCAAGGAUUCACUCCCGUUGCACGGCAAACGCUCGCGUAUCUCGCUCCGCCGCACUUGAGGCUCUACAAGCGAGACUCGCAGGAGGAGCGUUCGAGAAUCGUGAAGAAAUCGCUGGGACAGCCCGGUAAACUCAAGGACAACUAA